GCCCCGCGCCCCGAUGAGGAGCGAAGCUGCGGGGUCCGGCCGCCCCCCGCGCGCCCCGCUGCGGUGAGCCUCAAAGCGGGAGCUUGGAAUCGACCUGUCAUCUGAGGACUGACUGCUGCUGCCACCGCCGGCCUCUGUCCCCUGCCCAGGCUUGUCACUGUGCCACCCCUCGGCAGGGGCAGCAGAAUGAAAGAAGCCAUGUCCAAUAACAGCACCACGAGCAUCUCCCAAGCCCGCAAAGCUGUGGAGCAGCUGAAGAUGGAAGCGUGCAUGGAUAGGGUAAAGGUCUCCCAGGCGGCCGCGGACCUCCUGGCGUACUGUGAGGCCCACGUGCGGGAAGACCCUCUCAUCAUUCCAGUGCCUGCGUCAGAAAACCCCUUUCGAGAGAAGAAGUUCUUUUGUACCAUUCUCUAACUCCAUUUGCGGUGAAAAUGUCUCCUUUUCCAUCCCUAAAAGUCCCCCGUAGAGACCGUGCAUGCUCUAAGCCACCCACACCCAGCCCUGCCCAGCCUGUGGUGGCCGGGGCUUGUCCCGUUUUCUCACUUGUUUUCUUCGUGGCAUUCGAUUUCAUUUUUGUUCUUUUCAUCUUCGUGUUGUUUUCAUUAUUGGCAGAGAAAAUAGACAUUUUUAUAGCCCACUAAACAAAUACGCCAUGUAAAAAUAAGUAUGGAUGUAAGGGUUUAAAAAUUUUAAACAUCAAUUCCCGAGCUUAAAUGUGUCACGUUAAUACAUUUCAGAGGAUAACUUACUGCAAAGAAAACUGUCCCCAAUUAUCCCCCAUUUAAUUCGGUAUCAAAUUAGAGCAUGUUGACCAACUGAAAUAAGCAGGUGAAGUUUCCAUCUUCCUUCCCGGAGGAGGCAGCUGUGGAAGUUUUCUCUUUCCUGCGUUUCCCCCGUCCUUUUAUUAAAAAGGAAACAACCCAAAGGAUUGGAAUGGCUUUCAAAACACGUGUCUUCCCGGAGCCAUGUGACCCAGGCCUCGGUGGUCCCUGUUGACCCCUUUGGCGGUGGCCCUUCCACAAACGUAGGUGUUGGGCGGACGUUGUAGUCAACUUGGCCGUAAACUUGGCCGUAAACGUGCACUGAUAUAUGUGUGUGUUGCAGCCAGACCUGUGGGUGCCAUCUCUCCUUUCCAAGUGCCACUUCUUCCUGCUCCCUCCUCUCCUGGCUCUUACUCAGUGGUCCCAACGUGGGCUGCAUUCACAAGGGCCUGUUCCGGACACAGCACUGGUCCCCCUGGGGUUUGGCCAGGGCAGCCCCUUCCCUGCAGGAGGGAGUCAUAGUGACAGCAACUCACUGUGUGCCGCCAGCGCUCUGAGCACUGAUGUGUAUUAAGGUGUUUAAUCCUCCAACAAUCAACAGCAUCAGUGCAUGUCUGCUUUCGAGCAAGGGGAAACUGAGGCACAGAGAGAUUAUGUAGUUUGACCGAGGUUACAGAUAGCAAGCAGGGAAGCUGGGACUUGGGUGCAGGCAGUCUGGCCCUAGAGCCCACCCCGAACCCCCGAGCUACGCUACCUGUUUGCAGGUAGGGACAGCCGCAAACAACCCUAACUGUGCACUGUGAUGCGAACAUCUCUGUUGUACCGACCCGAGGUCCACUCGCGGCACACUUCUCUUCCCACCUUGGCCAGGAGAAGGCCGUCGAGCCUGUCUUCUGGCAGGUUAUGGAAGAUGAUAUGUGGAUCCCCCUGGGGGGAGGCAGGACAUCCAUGAAUCAGCUGUCAGAUUGUCCGAGGCCACCCUGCAGGCCACGCCUAAACCAAACUCACACUACCACCACCACCACCACCACCACCACCACCACCACCACCCCCCGAUGGAAGAAGAGAAUAAACUGUGGGGGCAGAGAGCUCUUUGUCUAAGUUUGUUCUAUGCCAUGUGUUUGGGAACUGCCUCCCUCCCUGGUCCUGACAGAGCCUCACUGUGUGACACACGGCAGGCCAUUGUGUGCCUGGAAUGUUCUAACCUACAAAUCGGGGACAAUGGCAAUUACUCCUCCUGCCUCUCUGGGAGGAAAAAGGGAGAUGCUACCUAGAUGAAAGCUCUGAUUAUCAUUUGAAACAAAUAAAUGUACUGACCGCCACCCUCUAAUACAGGGAAGAAUGCAUGAGUGCAAAGAUCGUGUGGUUCAGUUGGAUGAAGAGUAUGAAAUUGGCUGCAAAGAGGCAAAUAUAAUUUCAGAUCAGUGAAUGACUUGCCACUCUCAUAAAUGGCUUUGGCGCAUCUUCAUUCCUUGCUGCUUUUGUGGAAACCCAUCCUCAGUUUCGUUAGAGCUCACGGAUAAUGCCGGUGUCGUUAGGAAGCUGUUGCUCAAACUAUAGCAGAACUGUCCGCUGGAUGUGAUGCUGACCCUACAGAUCCUUCUGUUGUUUGGUUGAGGACGAGGAUCUCUUUCUCCUGUGGUCCAUGUCACCGUCACUAAGCUGAUGAAACAAAGCACAAUCCCUAAAAGCACAUCCGAGAAGCCAAGGAGGUGGGACAGCCCAGAGUGCCAAAAUUGGGUCAAGAAAAAAGGGCUUUGAGUGUCUCACCAAAUCUUGUCUCUUUGUCUUUACUGUUCCUGUCCCUGCAUGUUCAGCUUCCCUUUGUUCUCUCUUUGUCUUUACUGUUCCUGUCCCUUCCUGUACAGCUUCCCUUUGUUGUCUCUUUUUCCUUUUCUUCGUCACUCUCCCCUGUGAGAUGCUUUUCUGUGCUUUUACUACACCUCUUCCUCCCAAACCUAUGGCAUUUUUUGUGGGUCACCCCUCCUUAAGGGAUUCCUGAGUGCCAGUUCACGCACACAGCUUCAGCGCGAGAUGCACGUGUGAAUGAGCCCCUCCCCUUCUAACAAUCAGUGGAAGAUGAGUGACAUAAAGCCAGCUUGCGCGAUGGAGCGUAGCUGCAGGGGACAGUUGUUGUGUUGUGUUCUCAGCGUGGCUGUCCAGCAUCUGCCAUCUCUUCCUGUUAGGGGGGAUGUCACCCCUUAGGUACAAACUCAGUGGGAUGCAGUUCCUACCCCCCUCUGUGGAAGCCGAGGAAGGGGGAUAGUCCCUGCCUCUCAGGGAUACCCCCUUCCGGCCCUGUACCAGCCAGGCAGUGGUAGUGACCUGGGGUGGACCAACUGGACUCCCCUGCUUGGGGCUGUGAGCCGGGAGCAAGUGACACAGAAGUGACAGGGGGCUGAGACUCAUUUCUUGGAAGCUGCAGUGGCCCUGGGGUGGCAGUCAUCUGGCAGGGGAGGUAUCUAGGUAGGGCCAGCAGGCUGCAGGGACGGUGUGUCCGCUGGUAACAACGUCCAGGGCUGGCAGGGUCUGGGGAGACCAUUCCUGCUCCCCUCCUUGGCCCCACAGAGCUAUCUCCGCCUCCACCCAUCUUCCUGCGUAUCCCUUCUAGUUUUCUAUCAAUUCUUUGAGCUGCCAAGCUCCGUCCAGUAAAUUCCUUAUUCUUCCCUGAAAUGGCCUGCGUUGGAUGUAAAUACCGUGGGACCUAACAAUUCCACUCCUAGGUGUAUACCCAACAGACAUGUGUACAUAUAGUCACCAAAACAACUGCCCUAGAAUGUUCCUAGAAGCACCAUUCGUAAUAACCUGAGACUGGAAAGCGCCCACGUGCCCGCGUUGCCUGGGUAAACAAAUCAUGGCAUAGUCCUGUGGUGGAAUCCCACAUAGCAGUGAGGAUGGACGAUCUGCAGCCACACUGCCACACCCCACAGCAUGGUGUGCACCUCACAAACCUAGUGUCUAGUGAGUACGGCAAGAGCACACCCUGUGAUUCCAUGUAUAUGAAGUAUAAAACCCAGCAAAACUAAUCUGUGCUGUUGCAGGCAGGAAGAGUAGUUACUCUUAAGGGGCUAGUUACCAGAAGGGUGCGUACAGGGAACCUUCUAGAAUGUUCUAUCUCUUGAUCUGGCUGCCAGGUACCUGGGUGUGUUCAGUUUGUGAAAAUUCUUGGAGCUGUGCGCUUUCGACGUGGGCACUUUUCCGUGUGUUAUGUUAUACUUCAAUAAAACGUUGGUUUUUGUGGCUAAC